UGGGGGGCGCAGGGGCGUCUGGGAGUUGUAGUCCGGCUGGCGCGCUGACGCACUUCACCUCGGCUGUAGGGCGCCAUUGUGCGGCACGCGCCGGAUUCCGCUCGCCGCGAGGGUCGCUGAGGACGAGGACAGCAUGGCCGCCAGGCUACCGAAGCCGUGGUUCUCUGAACCGGUGGUCUUUGAAGAUAUAACACUGGCUUUUACCCCGGAGGAGUGGGGAGUGCUGGACCUCAAACAGAAGUCCCUGUACAGGGAAGUGAUGCUGGAGAACUACAAGAACCUGGUCUCAGUGGCAGAGCAUCAGCUUUCCAAGCCAGAUGUGGUAUCUCAGUUAGAGGAGGCAGAAGACUUCUGGCCGGUGGAGAGAGAGAUUCUUCAACAUACAAUUCCAGGAUGUCCUGGUGCUGAGUCUCCACUGGACUCUCAGUUGAGUCCUCUUCCUACUGAGAAUCCCCUAAUAAACAUCAAGGUUGUUGAGGUCCUCACCCUGAACCAGGAGGUGGCUGGUCCCCGGAAUGCCCAGAUCCAGGCCCUUUACGCUGAAGACAGUGGCCUGAGCACAGACACCCUCAGGGAGCCAGCCCAGCAACUGGAGAAGCAUCCAGCAGACCCUGAGAUUGCUCGCCAGAGGUUCCGGCAGUUCCAAUAUGAUGAGGCUACAGGUGCCUGGGAGGCCGUGGCCCAGCUUCGUGAGCUGUGCCACCAGUGGCUGCAGCCUGAGGUGCACUCCAAGGAGCAGAUCCUGGAGUUGCUGGUGCUGGAGCAGUUCCUGGGUGCACUGCCUGUGAAGUUCCAGGCAUGGGUAGAGUCUCGGCACCCUGAGGACUGCCAGGCGGCCAUAGCCCUGGUGGAGGAUGUGACCUCUAUAUCCAGGGAAGGCGCACUGCCUGCUCAGGUCCCUGCCCGCUUUCCCAAGGGCACCAUUCAGCAGCAGAGGAAAGAGAAAGAUGUAGCCAUUUUGCCAGUGGAGGUGCCACCUGAGGAGCCAGUGACCUUCCAGGACGUGUCUGUGGACUUCAGCCGGGAGGAGUGGGGCCUGCUGGGCCCAGUGCAGAGGACUGAGUACCACGAUGUGAUGCUGGAGACCUUCGGGAACCUGGUCUCCGUGGGGUGGGAGACUACAGUGGAAAACAGAGAGUUUAUUCCUGAUUCUGAUGUUCCUGCUGAAGAACCCAUUUAUAACCCAGAAGUGAGUGAAUUACCUAGGGAAGGCACCCAGGCCUCUACCUUGGAAGAUAUCUUGCAAUGUGGUGUCACAGAAGUUCUACAUGCAACACUUCAAGAAGAGGAGCUUGCUCAGGAUAAAGCCAUUCCCCAGAAGCACCUCACUGAAAACCCUGAGUCACAGGCAGAACCUGGUCUUGACAUAAGCAGAGCUUCACCUCAGAAAAUUCCUCUUAGAAAAUGUUUGCGCAAAACACUCUCCCAGUGUAAAAAUGUGACCCAGAGUUCACACGCAAAAGAUCAGAAGGGCUGUGAACUAGGCAAAGCCAGGGACAACAGUGGUUGCAUGACCCAGAGUCCACAUGGGAAGGUUCAACAAAAGGGCUGUGAGCAGGGCAGAGCUGGGGAGAGCGGUGGUCAUGUGACCCACCACUCACAAGUGAAACUCCACCAGCGGGGCUGUGAGCCAGGGAGAGCCAGGGAGAGCCAUGGGCAGGUGAUACCGCAUUCACGUGUGAAAGCUCACCAGAAGGCCCGUAAGCAGAUGAAAGCUGGAGAGAGCAGUGCUGGUAAGAAAACUGUCGGCCAGCGGGUUCAGCAGGUCGUGUUUAUAAAAAUCCACAGCGGGAGCCAAAUUUGCCGAUGCAGCGCAUGUGGGAAGUUGUUCCGAAAUCCAAGAUACUUUUCAGUACAUAAAAAAAUCCACACAGGAGAAAAGCCGUAUGUCUGUCAGGACUGUGGGAAAGCCUUCGUGCAGAGCUCCUCCCUCACGCAGCACCAAAGGGUGCAUAGUGGUGAGAGGCCCUUUAAGUGCCAGGAGUGUGGCAGGACCUUCAAUGACCGCUCAGCUGUCACGCAGCACCUGCGCACCCACACAGGAGCCAAGCCCUAUGCCUGCCAGGACUGUGGCAAGGCCUUCCGGCAGAGUUCCCACCUCACCCGGCACCAGAGGACACACACUGGAGAGCGGCCCUAUGUGUGCUGCAAGUGCGGGAAAGCCUUCACCCAGAGCUCCCACCUCAUUGGCCACCAGAACACGCAUGGCAGGAGGAAGCACAAGAAGAAGCCCAAGAAGCAGCCACCCCCUGCCUCCUAGCCCCCUGUGGGAGCAUCCAUCCCAGCACCCCCUGCGAUGCCUCUACCUGGGAUGAUACGUGACAGGGAAGCCGGAGGACAUCCUGUGACUGAGCAGAGGACACCCGCACAGUAUGCUCAGCACAUGAUGAGUGAAUAGGCAAACUGGGGCCCUGCUAAUGAGUACACAUAUUGGAAAGAAAAGAUUUAUUUUUUUUUAAGUACUAUUAGUGAAAUCUGAAAACGCUUAUAAAUUUAAAAAGUGAGGUACCAAAUCUGUGCACUAAUAUAUCUGUAAUAAAAUAAUUUUGUGCAAGCAGAGUCUUAAGAGAAUGGAUAAAUAAACUAUAUUUUUCUGUUUA